AUGAACACCAAGUACCUUUCCGUACUUUUCCUCUCCAUCCUCGUCGGCCUCGUGUCUGCGAGCCCGGCUCCUGCUCCUGCUGAGAAGCGCCUUGAAAAGCGCCAGGGCGACGGCUCGGGCCCCGGCAGCUGCCAUCCCCGCGCGCCCGUCCACCAGGCAACUGACUGUCCACGCAGGAUACCCCCACAUCCCAUUCUCGAAGCUCCUCUUCGUACCAUUUCUUCUCGGACCUCGCUUGGAUCAGGCUGCGGUGGCGUGGCGAGGGAUAGCGCCAGUUCUUGUUGGAAUCCUCCGCGUCAGCCUGCAGUAUCGCUCCGGAGCUCAUUUGGCGUGAUUCGCUACUCGCUUUCCGUCUCUGACAUGCGCCACGCCGAGUCGUCUAUCAUCGCGAGCACAAGGUUUGCCGAGAGUAGCAGGCGGUCACGCGUGCGCAGCUGUCCGCCUCCAUUUUCGUUGUUCGCGGCUCUUUCUUGUGGCGUCUUCUCGUCCUUGCGAGGCGGACAUGCGGGCGCUGAUCAGCGAGAGGAAGAACGACACGCAGCCGGCGAUGACGAUGAGCGCGAAGCGAGGAGAGGCUUCUCCCCAGAACCAUGGAGACGGGAGUGGUUGCACAGUGGAGGAACUGCCGUCGCGCGCGUCGGCUGCGCUGUGGAUAGAUCGCCCGCGAGAUCGACCACUGCUGCCCUGGCACAAACAUCGUGCUCGUUCACGACGUACGUGUGCCGUGCGGGGGAGAUAAAGACGGAGGCGGGGCUUAGAGGCUCGUGCGAGGAGGAUGCGGAGCGGUGUGGGGAGGCGGUCAGACACACGCAACUCACGAGCGACGCCGUGCUCGUCACCCACUCCUGCUUCUCUGGCGUAAUCGCACGCACGCACGCUGCUCACCGGCCAAUGUCAUUCUCGUCACUUGCAAGCGCCGGGUCUUCCGUAAUGCUGUGGGACCUCGCCGACGAGCUCGCCUUUGGACUCAUCCAUCACGACAAACCGGCCACGGAAGUCGACCUUACUGGAUGCUUGGCCGGGUGGGGCAUUGGGCAGUUGAGGAGGAUGGGUAUAUGCGCCCUGGGUGGUGUCCCAGACGAAGUAGGCGUGCUGCCCGAGGAUUUGGUCAAUGUCUCGAUAGUAUCCGCGCGGUUCGAACCAUCGAGGGUGACUGUCAAGAUAGAAAGAUACGCACGCGACGCGACGUGUUCUGCGAGCUGGACAUUGUGCUCGAGACUGAGCGUCCGGGGGGAGGCGCUGUCGAAAAUGAGGGUCACGUUGGGAGGUUCGAGUAGGGUGAAAAUCGACGAUCCAGCGAUUGGCAACCUAGGCAUUGCCGACAAGAGGCAGCAGUAUCCUGAAGGCAAAAUGCUCGGUGUCGGAUGA